UGAUUUUGAUACAAGAGACAAUCUGCAAAGUAACUGGUGACUAAAAUGUUCAAAUAAAUGUAAAAGCAGAAAAUGGAAUCCUCACCUCAUAGUACUUACGCAAAUGUACGUAGUUACAUUCUGUCAGUGGAAAUAACACCAAGACACAAUACUCAGCGAUGGAAUGUAACCAAGUACAUUUGCUCAACUUCUGUACAGCUGUAUGGUAUUUAUACUUUAUUUUCUGCUGCUUUACUCUUCCACUCUGCUACAGUUUGGUGGCUAAUACUGUACUUUUUACUCCCACACUAGAUUUCUUUAGUUUCUAGUUCGUUUGCAGAUCACAUGCUGCAUCAGAGCAGCAUGUUUAAAAUGAAUUUAUUAUAUCAACAAUCAGAUAAAACAAAACAAUCGAGUCUGAUGAUCAGAAAAAUGCUGCAUAUGGACUCUUACUUGUCUUGACGAGGCGCAAACACUCCAGAAUUAAAGCAAACAGAGUUAUAGCCUACAAAUCACAUGAUGUAUAACCUCAGUCAGGAUGUAAGAAGUGGCCUUGAACGCCCCACAGACCUGCUGCCUGACUGCGGUGCUGCUGCAGUCCUUGUAUUUGCUCGCCACCCAGUGGAAACAGUUGGAAAUUGGCACUUUAACGCUCUUUUAAUCUGCCAGGGGCCAUUUUGAACCGCACGGCGGUGUUACCGCACGGCUGAGUGGUGGGAGUAAAAUGUGUAAGACGUAAAUAAACAAGAGAAAGACACAAACAAGGCGAAAUAAACAAGUAACACCUUGAAGUGGAUCCAUGAGCCUGCAGCCAAACCUCACUGAUGGGGGGAGUAAGUGAAGGAGAUGAUGUGUUGGCUCGAUGGAGUGAUGGACUACUGUACCUCGGCAAUGUGAAAAGAGUAGAUGGAGUCAAGCAAUGUUGUCUGGUGAGAUUCGAGGACAACUCCGAGUUCUGGGUGCUGAGAAAGGACAUCCACUCGUUCGCCGCUGGAGUGGAAGAAGUUUGCUGUAUUUGUGACGCUCCGCCUCUUAAAGAACCCCUCAUAAAUUGUCUUAAAUGUCGCCACGGUUAUCAUCCAGAGUGCCACACGCCAACCAUCGAACCGGAAGCUGACAGCGAUUCGUGGAUAUGUCGGCAAUGUGUCUUUGCAGUCUCAACCAAGAGAGGCGGGGCCCUCAAACGGGGACGCUUCGCCCGGCUCAUGCAGUUCAUGAAACUCCGGCUCCCGUACCAGCUGUCGUCUUUAGACUGGGACCCGCAGCACCUGACCAAUCAGCAACAGUGUUACUGCUACUGUGCCGGACCUGGAGAGUGGAACCUGAAGAUGCUGCAGUGUGGAGGCUGUGGCCAGUGGUUCCACGAGGCCUGCACACAGUGUCUAACCAAGCCAUUACUGUAUGGAGACAGGUUUUAUCAGUUCCAGUGCUCGGUGUGUACGAAGGGACCAGAGACCAUCCAGAGACUACCCAUGACCUGGGUGGAUUUGGCUCAUUUAGUGCUCUACCAUCUCUCCCUGUGCUGCAAGAGGAAAUACUUUGAUUUUGACCAUGAAAUCCUGUCCUUCACCAAUGAGAAUUGGGAGUCGCUGCUCCUCGGCGCGCUCUCUGACACGCCAAGGCAAGACCGCUGUCACAAUCUCCUCAACGCUCUGAACUCCCACAAGGACAGGUUCGUCUCCGGGAAGGAGAUCAAGAAGAAGAAGUGUCUUUUCGGGCUUCAGGUCCGAGCCCCGCCUCCGCUGACAACCGAUUCGUCGCCACUCAUCACCGAUCCACCGACCAACAUCACGCACCGGAGAAGGUCAGACCCGUUGUCACUUCCCUGCCAGAGGAGAGUGGGGGGUGCAGAGUCGCGUAAAUCAAAGCGUCGCAUCAUGGAGACACAGGCGUGUCCACCCCCAGUUGCUGCCAACCCCAUUGAGCUACUGCCAUGUUGCCAUGGAUACAUGGGAGGGGCCAGCCUUUACAACUCCAGGAAGUCAGAGGAGGAGCUUAGUUUGAGCUCUCCUCCAAAGCGGAUGUACGCCCUGUACCACACCACCUACAACGGAAACAAUGGGCUCUCCAGGAGUCUCCAUCACUACAACAGCACGGAGGACACCUGCAGAGUACCACCCCCUUGCUUUCCAUACCCGCUCAACUCCAAUGGCAGCCAUCACCACCACCACCUCCACCAGCACCAUCACAACCACCAACAGAACCACCAACAGAACCACCAACAGAACCACCAACACAACCAUCAACACAACCACCAACACAACCACCAACACAACCACCAACACCAGCCGGGCCAGAAGCAGCUGGAGCCCCUCGUCCUACGUGAUAUUCCCCCUUACCAGGCCAGCAUGGGCGGCGGGGUUGGCGCCGGUGGAGGAGGGGGAGGCGGAGGGGGAGGAGGCGGCGGUGGCGGAGGCGGCAGUGGUGGUGGAGGUGGAGGAGGUGGGGUGGUAGUCGGAGGCGGGGACGGGACAGUUGCCAGGAACUGGGGGGGAGGGGAGGCGGUGAGGAUCUUGGCGCGACGCGUCACGCCGGACGGGAAGGUGCAGUACCUGGUGGAGUGGGAGAACGUGAGUUUGUACUGACACGCCGAGAGCGAACACGAGACGCAAUGACUGUUCUGCAGUUGCCACAGGAAUACUGUGUAUGUAACAUGUGGCAGCGUUUAAAGUACAAACAGAAACAGAGAGGAAAAAAAAAAAAUCUCUACGUUGCAAAUCCAGGUUGCUCUCAUAGCAUCACCUCUACUCUGCUUCAUUAUAGCUCACUACUCGUUACUAAAUGUCCCUCUUUGCUAGUGUUUCUCUGAUAUUUGUACUGUUAACUUUGGAAUAUGCCUUUGCAUUUAUCAUGUUUUACAGUGAUGAUGGAAGAUAUCUAAACCUCCGGAUGAUUUGUGAAUAUUUAGAGAGACAGGUCUUCAUUUGUACUCAUAUCUGGAUAUAUAUUAUUGUGGAUAAGCAACACAGUAAUAGAAGAAAUCAAGAAAGGAAAGAUUACUGCUUUUUCACUGCUUGUGACCUCAGGGGGGAAAUAAGUGAGCAAAAAUUAGAACUAUUGUUAUCCUUACUACAGAUUUUACAUUUAGGUAUCAUGUAUUUUGUAUUUUCAUAAUUCAAAAAGUAAAGUUCCACUGCUUGUCAUGAUCCAUCCAUGAGAAAAACACAAAGAUGACAGUAAUCCAUGACUGUUUUGGUCGUUGGCUCGAACACUUUUUGUAAUGAGACUAAAAGCAUCUAAAAGCAAAAAAUUAUUAUGUUUUAAAUGUAAGACUCUGGGAUAAAUAUUACGAAGAUGGGUCAGUGACAUUAAAACGUUUGAGAUCCACUGACCUUGACGACGUGCUGAACAUUUUAAAGAAUAGUUUAACAAUUUGGAAACGCUCUUUGAUUUCUUGCCGAGAGUUGGAUUAGAAAAUGGAUACCUUUCAUAUCUCAGAAGCAUACCCCCCACAGUAUGGACCCAUUUACAGUCAGCUUGAUAUGCAUUACGUUGACAUGCUGUUUUAAAAAAACAGGAGAAAAUCUUUCAAAUUAAAUGACUUACAACACAAUGUGGAGAAAAGACUUGCAGGUCAGAAGACUGAAAGAGGUGAAAGUUAAAAACUUCCCAAAUCCGUCUAAAGAGUGAAUGUUUUGUUGAUGCUUUUUGAAAAAUCAUACUUUGCAUAAAAUGAUGAUACUUAAAUGAUGUUGAAAUAUUGGCAAUUUUCAAACCAAAUUCAUUCCAAUCACAGUCUUGAUAUCUUCUCUAUGCUAAGCUAAGAUAACCUGACAUGGCUGUAUCCUCAAAUUUGAUUAAGUUAUUAAGUAAUAUAAAACACGAUGUGGCUCGUAGCACAAAUAUCUGCAGACUAAAUGUUGUAAAGAGGUCAGGGUGAAAACAGUUAGAUUUUCUUGAAAGAAAAAGAAUGUUGAAAAUAUUUAAAUGACUAUUUUCAUUAUAAAACAUCAUAUCUAGUAAAAAAGUAGCAGUAAAAUGUUCAAAUUUCAAACCAAAUUCACCCCAAUCAGAGUCUAGACAUCCAGACAUCUUAAAGACCCGACUCAAGUGCUCAGUUCUGAGUGGGACUCUUACAUUUAAAUAAAGAUAAUAAACACUCAUUUGUUCCUUUUAAAGGUCUGAAAAACAAAACAUUUAGAGAAGGAACUUCUUCUGGCACACGAUACGGAGAUUUCAAGGGUUGAUCCAGCCAAACAGCGAGGAGCCAACCCCACACACUCCCAUCAGCCUUUUUCGCUUUUAUAACGGCUCAUUCAUCAACUGAUGGUUAAUGUUCACGCGGAGUUCGGCGAGAAGAUUAGCCCAGAAGUGAGCGGUGAUGAAUGGUCCGUCAUCAGCGAGAGGCGCGGUGACAGCUGGGUGGCGGCUGCUGGCUGCCGGUGAGAAAAGCAUUCACCUUUCUUUGACGAGGGAAGAGACGGCUCUUAUACGGCACUUCUGACCAGCGCGGAUGGUAGUUUGAUGCCUUGCUUAAGGGCACACACACGGCAGACAAAUCCUCCGGGGGUUUUCAUAUUUUUGUUCUCAUCGCGGUAUGUUAAUAAGAGAUUGUAUACAUGUUAUUACGGGGUUACUUAUUUGUUAUGUUAGAUUUUGUCAUGAUUUACAUUUAGCCUACUGUAUGUAUUAGAGAUAGGAGCCACCAGAGGGCUUUUGUUUUAUAGAUAGAAUUAUAUAUUCACAAUAUAUUGCUAUGACCAGAUAACUUGAUUUUAUUUUUUUGACGUGGUUUGCAUAGUGCCUAUAUGGGUUGUGUACCUGCCUAUUGGUCUGCUGACCCGAGUCGACCAAUCAGACGACGGAGAGACGAGCGAGGCUACUACAUAAAGAGGAUUUUUAUUUAUCCAGCAGAUACAAACUACAAGGACCAGUUAUGAUGUUGAGAAGAGCCUUUUCUCUUUUUCUUUCCUUUUUUUUUAAUGAGAACAGACUGUGAUGUUACUGUACAUUCCAAACAAACUACAAAAAAGAAAUAUAUAUGUCGCUGACACGUCUGUUGGAAGUCAACAGAAUGGAUUAUUAUUUGGGAAGAAGGUGUUUUUUUUUUUCUUCUUUUUUUUGUUCUGACGAGUGUUAGAUGUGACAACGAUCAGCUGAAGGUCCAGCAGCUCGACUGUUGUCGUUCAGUUUUAACGUCUUAGGGAGUUCGGUCCUUGCGUUCAAAGUUACAGUACAGGUAAAGAAGACACUGAUUGGCCCAACUUCUAACUCAGGCCUGUAGUAUCUUCCAGGGCCUUGGAGUCUGUAAAUUAAAAAAGGCACAGCAUGGCAUUCAAGGAACGGUUCAACGAGAAGCGAGAAUUCGGUCAUUACUUUGUCGGGGGAAAUUUUAUACAUCACAAAACAUUUCUGGAGUAAAAAACAGCGUCAUGACAUUCUCCUAAACAACUGAAGUAACUGGGGACUUGUUGUAAGAUGGGGGAAAAAAAAAUACAACAUAUUUAUAGCCGAAAUCUUCACUGUAGCAGCUAAGCUUGAAGCACUCGCACCCCAUCCAAAGUGGGUGCACCAGCUUUAUGCAUUUCGGAUGGUAAUCCUCUGAAGAAUGAUUAGCCACAGCCAUAGUCUCUCUGGGUCGUGAAUUGUGUAGAAAGUAGAAAUACAAAACUUAUAUAAUAAAUCAUUCCGGAAAUACCGGAUAUGUAACGUUAGAUUGCAAGUUCCCGUUAAGAUUGUCUAACGCUGCAUAAGCGCGUCGUCGAGCUUUUGCACACUCUUCAGUCAGCGAGCAUGCUAACGCUUUUAGCUCAGCAGCUACAGUGAAACUUUGGGCUGUAAAAGGGUGUAAAAAAAACGUCUUUUCAAAUAAAUUUUGGACCUCAGGAUUUACAGAGACAUGGGAUCAUUCCAGAAGAGCUGCACGUAACCAUUUUAUGUUUAUUUUCUUUUGUUGUUUUUAAUGUCUUAAAGUCCCAACUUGAGCUGAAGCGUGUUUUUGCUGGAAAGCUCCAGAAAUGUUUCGUGGACUACGAAACCUCACCUGACGUUCCAUGACAAUGAGGGGCGAGUAUAUAGAGACUGGAAUUUUCUUUUUUGGGUGAACUGCUCCUUUUAAGAAGCCCAAGCCUGACCGACAGCGUCGCUUUCUUUCUCAGAUAUGUUUAUAGACUCAAGCGAGGUGCUGAAGUUGGAUCUUAUCUUAGGUCACACAAAUCUAGAAUACUGUGGUGCAAGUUUCAGAGUUUAUAUUUUAUACAGAGGUUUAUUUCAGCAGUCUGUUACGAUAAAACUUACAUAGCGUACACAUUUAUCAGUUUCGUCUUUAGAGAAAGACCGUAGUGCAGGUUUAGUUUGUAAAAAAGCAGAGGACAGAUACAGCAUUUAUACCGUCAUAAUCAAAACAAUGCAAAACUCUCAGAUUUUAUUUAAACACCGACCUCUCUUCUCUGUUGAAGUAUCUCCUGCGCCCGUGCAGACAUUUCAGGCCGGUGAAAUGAUGUUGCAUUGCGAUUUUCCAUCCUCCUCAGUGACUAUUUGACUGUAGUUUAUUAGGAAGGCGGGUGUGUGUCGGAAACCUUUCUAGGAGAUGGUGAUGAAUGUAUCUGUGUGUUUUCUAUGGUAUGUCUAUACCCGUCAAGUGCUCGUUAUAGGUUGUACUCUAGGUGGAACUCAAACCAAUUAGCUCAAAACAAAAAUAGGAGGAAAUAAAGACAUCACCAUUGAGGAACAUCGUUUACUUUUUUCGGGGGGGCGGGAGAGGUAGACUUCAUUUUUCUGAUUAGUAGUCAAGUCCAAGUUCAGUUCGAUGUAUUUUUGGAGAAAUUACGUUUGUACAUGUAUACUCUGCGUUGACACCUAAUAUGUAACAUGAAUAAUAAAAACAAAAAAAUCACCUCGUA